CUGAGCGUGACAUUCAUGUGGUUCAUGUGUUUGUCCACACAGGUUUUCAGAAAAGUGUAUUAAAUUUUUACAUUAUUUUUAAAGAAAAGUGUUAUAUUAAUUAAGCAAAAUGGUGAUGUACAAUUUCAAAAAGAUCGCUGUUGUUCCAACAGCAAAAGACUUCAUUGAUAUUAUAUUAUCAAAAACACAACGAAAGACUCCAACUGUAAUUCACAAGAAUUACAAAAUAUCCCGCAUCCGUGCAUUUUAUACGAGAAAAGUAAAAUUUACACAACAAAAUUUUCAUGAUCGGCUUUCACAAAUUGUUCAGGAGUUUCCAAAAUUAGACGAAGUGCAUCCAUUCUAUGCGGAUUUAAUGAAUGUUUUGUAUGACAAGGAUCAUUACAAAUUGGCCCUUGGUCAAAUGAAUACAGCGAGACAUUUAGUUGAUAACGUUGCAAAAGACUACGUUCGUCUUUUAAAGUACGGAGACUCCUUGUACCGAUGUAAACAAUUAAAGAAAGCAGCAUUGGGGCGAAUGGCCACAAUUAUGAAGAAGCAAGCCAACAAUUUGACUUAUUUAGAGCAAGUUAGACAGCAUUUGGCUCGAUUGCCGAGCAUAGAUCCUUUUACUCGAACGAUAAUAAUCUGCGGAUUUCCCAAUGUUGGAAAAAGUAGUUUUAUAAACAAAAUAACUCGAGCCGAUGUUGAAGUUCAGCCUUAUGCCUUUACAACAAAAUCGUUGUAUGUAGGACACACGGAUUAUAAAUACUUACGUUGGCAAGUGAUUGAUACUCCUGGAAUUUUGGAUCAUCCCGUCGAAGAGAGAAAUGUUAUCGAAAUGCAAGCAGUUGCAGCUCUCGCUCAUUUGCGUGCUGCCGUUCUCUAUUUCUUCGAUAUUUCAGAACAAUGUGGUCAUUCAUUGGAAGAACAAAUGAAACUCUUCGAUUCAAUAAAGGUGUUCUUUACAAAUAAACCACUCGUUUGUGUGAUAAAUAAAGUAGACGUCUUACGUCUAAAUGAUCUCUCUGCGGAAAAAAGAGCUAUUGUAAAACAACUUGAAGAAGAUGAGAAUAUUCCGUUCAUUGAAAUGAGUACCGUCACUGAUUUUGGCGUCAUGGAUGUGAAAACUGAAGCCUGUGAGAGACUUUUGGCUUAUCGUGUGGAUCAAAAGAUCAAAACUAAAAAGGUUGAAGGCUUAUUGAAUCGUUUACACGUUACUCAACCAGUGCCUAGGGAUAACAAGGUUCGAGCUCCUUGCAUACCUGAGUCCGUUCUUAAGAAGAAGCAAGCAGCCGCUGAGAAAGCUGAGAGAAAACGAAAAUUGGAGCGCGAAAUCGAAGAGGAAUUGGGCGAUGAUUAUGUUCUCGAUCUCAAAAAGAAUUACGACAUCGAGGGAGAACAGAAGUUCGAUAUUAUCCCCGAAAUGUGGGAAGGUCACAAUAUUGCGGAUUAUAUUGAUCCCGAUAUUUUUGAGAAAUUGAACGAGAUCGAGAAAGAAGAAGAGAUUAGAUUCGAAAGCGGUUUCUAUGAUCAUAAGGUUCCAGUAUUAAGUGAACAAAUGCAGGAAAUUUAUGAAUUAGCGAAACAAAUUCGAGAGAAACAAGUGGUUAUUAAAGAUGAAUCGCGAAUUAACAAGGCUUCUACAAAACCAGUUAUGCCCCGUACUGCCGGUGCUAAGGUUCGAGGUCGAUCUGUGACAAGAUUGAGACAGGAACUUGGAGAACUCGGAGUCGACAUGGAAGACACAGAAGACGCUCACUUUACAAAAACGAAAAAACGUGCGAGGUCGAUUUCUGAACCCGAUGCUAAACGUCGACGUGUAGAUGUUUCAGCGUCAAGAAAUCGCAGUGUCUCCAGACAACCGAGAGAUGAAAUGGGAGUAAAGGAUGUUGUUAUGAAAACAAAACUUAAGAAUAUUGCUCACAAAGCGAUUUCAAAGAAAGUUAAAAAGAAGGGUCUUAAAGGUGAAGCCGAUCGUUUCAUUGGAAAUAAGAUGCCUAAGCAUCUUUUCGCUGGAAAGCGCGGUGUUGGAAAAACGGACAGGAGAUAAAAAUAUAACACUACAUUUAAUUUAUAAUCUUUUAUAUAGAUUAAUUUGCCUUCAAUUGAGAAUAUCUCGUGUAGCUUAUGUAAAUAAAUAAGACUAUAAAAUAAGUAAA